AUGCACUGCGGUAAGGGAGUCGGGUUCUUCUUCAUGUUCGCCCACGUUGGCGCUGGAACAUGUGCUUGCGGUGGAUACAGCAUGCCGGAUCCCCGGCAGGAAAACAAGUCCUUGUUGUUCGCCGAGUCGUUGAGCACCGACUUCAGCGCCAUUCGAGACGUGAGCCAAAGCGCCGAUUGGGUCAGACAGGAGUUCAACGUGUCAGCCGAGGCUGGGAGAGGCAGAUUUGGAAAGUCGUUUCUGCCAGACAAUGUGUUUUUACUGCCGCAGGAGGACGUGGCGGCGGGCAAAGGGACAGCACGACACGGUCAGACAGUCAUGGCUCUACGAGUGGCCAGCCGACUCACCGAGUCGGGCGCGGUCACGUCUGCCGAGAUGGACACGAGUCGACGGGAUCUCUUCUGGGGCUCCUUUCGAGCCAUGAUGAAGCUUGCGCGUGUUGCCGGCACGUGUGCCGCCUUCUUCUGGCCAUGCCAACGAGGACGGGCGGAUACGAUGCAGUACAUGAACGACACGCAAGAGAUUGACAUGGAGUUCCUGUCCCGAGAGUUUGAUGUGGGCAACCGAGUCUUUCCAGUCAACCUUGUGGUGCAUUCGUGGAAGUCUCUGCGAGAUGGCUACGAUGCAAGCAAAAGCGGCACGUUGAAACGGGUCAACCUGGCCUUUGACCCGACGGAUGACUUUCACGAGUAUCGCUUCGACUACCUACCUGGACUGGUGACAUUCUACGCGGACGGGAAGCAGAUAGCAGAGUUGACGGGCAGCGACGUCCCCUCGAGCGGAGGCCAUCUCAUUCUGCAACACUGGAGCAAUGGCAACCCGACGUGGUCGGGCGGGCCACCAUCAUCAGAUGCUGUAGCCUUGGUGAGGUACGUGAAGGCUUACUUCAACUCGUCCAACCCCAACCACCACCAAGAUGCCCAGGGACAGGAGGGGGUUUGCCGCGCCAGCAACGACGCAAGCAGGAACAUGUGUCCGAUACCCGAGGGAAACUCCACAGACAAUGGCCAAGGCGACCAGGCAUCUCCCCCUGAUGACGGCGCCGGGGGCCGCAGCCAGGAAAACGACGACGACGACGACGGCGGCAGCUCUGACGAGUCGGAUGCAGCAAGGCCCCCGGCGAUGCGGUGGAUCUGGCUGGUGGCGAUUGGCAUGAUGGGGGUUACGGACGGGUAG